GUUGGGUCCUCAGGUCUGUGAUGGAGGCAUUGGUGGCCUCUGCUUCUGCAGUUGCCUAAUUCUGUCUGUCCUGGGCUGUUGUGGUUGCUGUGUUAAGGACACUCAGUACUGCACGACUCGCAGCUGGUUAGAGAGCAGGGAAGGUGCUGAUGAAGUAAGGAUGGAAUUGGUCCGUGCUCACGUGCUGCUCAGAAAUGCAGGUAGGGUAAAAUGCAUGCAGGGCCUUUGCUAAUGUUCCGUUUGGGAACAGCUUUAAUCGUUGUUAGGGCUGCCAUACAUAUUAAUUAGAGCAUCAGAGUAACUGAUUGACAGGGCAGCCAAAAGGCAGCAGUGAGCUGCAGGUGUUAGAGAACACGUGGGAACAGGAGCAGCUCAAGGAGAAGGUAUGAGAGCAAGCGUGGUUAUAUUGAGCUGUGAGGAGCUGGGAUCUGAAAAAGAGCAGCUUGGAAACAGGAACAGGAAGGUGGUCGAUUACUCCCAGUUUCAGGAAUCAGAUGAUGCUGAUGAAGAUUAUGGGAGAGAUUCAGGUCCCCCAUCCAAGAAAAUCCGCUCAUCUCCCCGCGAGGCUAAAAAUAAGAGGAGAUCCGGGAAGAAUUCUCAGGAAGACAGUGAGGAUUCAGAGGAAAAAGAUGUGAAGACUAAGAAAGAUGAUUCGCACUCAGCAGAUGAAGAUUUUGGCAGUGAAGAUGAUGACUUAGGAGCAGAUGAUGGCAAAGCUGACAGUGACUAUGAGAGCUCUCAAAAAAGCAAAAAAGGAAAGAAGGCCAAACCAGAUAAGAAUAAGAGAGCCUCUAAAUCCAGGAAAAGGCCUGCAGAGGACAGUGAGGAUGAGAAAGAAGACCACAAAAACGUGCGUCAGCAGAGACAGGCAGCAUCCAAAGCAGCUUCCAAACAACGAGAGAUGCUUAUGGAUGAUGUGGGUAGUGAGGAGGAAGAACAAGAGGACGAUGAGGCACAGUUCCAAGAGAAUUCAGGAAGCGAUGAGGAUUUUCUCAUGGAAGAUGAUGAUGAUAGUGACUAUGGCAGUUCAAAAAAGAAAAAUAAAAAGGCCUCCAAGAAGUCCAAGCCAGAGAGGAAAGAAAAGAAGAUGCCAAAGCCCAGGCUAAAGGCUACAGUGACUCCCAGUCCAGUGAAAGGCAAAGGGAAGGCAGGCCGCCCCACAGCUUCCAAGACAACAAAAGAAAAGACCCCAUCCCCCAAAGAAGAGGAUGAAGAGCCUGAAAGUCCUCCAGAAAAGAAAAAAUCAGCCAGCCCUCCACCAGAGAAGUCAGGGGAUGAGGGAUCUGAAGAGGAAGCACCCUCUGGUGAAGAUUAAAUGGCAGUUGAGGAUAUCUUUGUUUAAAAAAGAAAAAAAAAAAAGAAAAAAAAAAAAAAAGAGAGAAAAAAGGAAAAAGAAAACAUACUUAGGGGUAGAACACGGUUUUGGCUGUGGCUUGACUCAUGGGCUUUGAAUGCUGUCUUUACUUUCAGCUGUUUAAUACAGUGUAUCCUUUUUUUAAUAAGAGGAAACCCUCAUACAGUAAUAUUUUGAAGUCACUGUUCUGUGUUGGCCAUUCCGUUCUCCCUCCCCCUCCAAAUCCAAAAGCCAUUUGAGACAAAUUAACAGACCAUUUGAAUAUAUAUAUUUUUUUUUCCAAGGGAUACUGCAGUUGUGAAGCAAUAAGGUUUGGGACUGAUAAAUGGAAACCACACUUACAAAUCACUGAGUAGAAUAGAUUUCCCAGUGCUGGUAAGAGUUGUUCAAAACUAUAAUUCUGUGUUUGAAUACGUGGUUAAAAAAACAAACCAUCAAACCAACCCUGCUUUAAUAGACUUUUCUCAAUAGAAGUUCCUUCUCUCAGAAAAAGAAAAAUAUAUAUAUAAACUGCAGAAACACGGGGAGGAAGCCUGUGUUUCUUGGAUUCAUGCAACUUUUUAAUGGAAAGCAAUCAAGAGACUUAUAGGGGGUCCACUGUCUUUUAUCUGGAAACAUCCUCCAGUUAGGAUGCAAGAUCUUUCAUCUUUCCUGGAUAGAAUGCUCUUCUGCUCAGGCAGAUCUCGGUUCAUUCUAUGCUAUUUCAGACACACAACCUAGAAGCUGCUCACAUCCACUAAUUCUGUUUGACUUCUUCCAAGGUCGGCUAUAGAUGGGCAGAAUAGGGAAGAGAGAUUUGAAAAGUUUUAAAGCUCUGCUUUCCAGUUGACGUUGUGGACACUUUCUUUAAAGUUCCAAGGGAAAAAAAAAUGGUGGACAUUCUAGAAGUAGAUUUUUUUUGUGUGUGUGUCUUUUGGGGUGAGGGGUGUCCUUUUAUCAAUGUGAAGCAAAGGAUUCCUGUAAUGCUCUGGUCAGUCUCGGAUCCCAUGAGUCACGCUUAAGUGCUUCUCUUCUCUCCCUCCAUCUGUCCUCAGAAGGCUGUGUAAUCAUGUCUAAGCCUCUCCAGCUACAGUGUUGGACAGCAGACUUCCAUCAAUAGUGAACAUCACCCCAGUACCACUUCCAUUUCUUCAUCCUCCCUACUGCAGCAUGGGAGGAUUUAUUCGCUCUGCUCCCACGCUGACAUGUCUGCCUCUGUUGGUCGUCAUUCUGUUCCUUAAGCCUAGGAAGCAUGGAGUAGGGAACAGAGUUAAAGGAUGAAGCUGAGAGGAAAUGAAGUUUGAAAACAGUGUAGCAGGGCUAUGGUUCUAUAACAAAAGCAGGAUGUCCCUCUAAAGGAGAUACUUGAGGUGUGUGUAGUGGCAUUUUAAUGUGUUUUUAUCAAAGCAGCCAUAUCCUUUUUUUUUUUUAAACUUAAUUGAAGUACACAAGCCUUGGUUUUCAAACCCUGAUGCAGAGAUUGCUGCCAUGUUUGUUGGUGGAAAUAUUAAAAACUGGAUCUGCCUUUUUCUUUCUUUUUUUUCCUUAGACCCUUUGUGCUUUUGUACGUUGCUCACAGUUACCUUACAGCUGACAAGCUUUGCAUCUCCUUUUUUUUUUGUCACUGAAGUACAUAUUUUGUAACCAGCCUCUUGAAGGUAACAUAAGGCAGCUAACUAGUCGGAUUUCUGGUGCACGUGCUACCAGAUUUUUAAUCCUGUUUGGACUUCAGAGAGCUUUUAGAUGUGAUACACUAAUAUGACCAGGAAGGACACUUGGCUGAAUGGCAGAGGGAGCCCGAAGAUUCUGAGCACAGUGUGGAGCCUAAACCACAGAAUGGAACAUUAAUUUAACGGCCAAGUGCUUGUCUUGUGUGAUUCACAGCCAUGGGUUUUAUUGAGGCUGGUAAAUUACUUUACCUUGGCUUAAAAUUUGAAGUUCUCUAACGUUCUUUACUAUAAUGAAACUACUGUUGCCGUUACAAUAAAGAUGAUCAGUGUUUCCAUUGUAAAUCUUUUUUUUUUUUUACCUGGUUUAGUUUUGCAGAGCAGCUUAAGGCUGGAGUCAAGUAUCAGUCUUUGAAAAGAAGCGAACGUGCUCCCCUUUCCUCCUCACCAACUUUUCCCAUCUUCUGGGAGGACAGAGCCUCUUGCAUCCCCUGCCCUCCUAGCUCAGCAUUUCUUGGGUAACACAGGAAAAUAAACGGCCAAACUUCAAAUGAUGCUUGGACUGAUAUUUUGGGGGUAGUAUGUACUUUCCUUAGUGUCUGGCCCACGAAGUUUUUCCCCCUUCAGACAAGACUGUGUUUCAAGUUAUUCUAAUCUCUUUAUGGUCUUGAUUUAUUUUUUGGUAUUAAAGCAUACAAGGAUCACAUAAAUGUAGAAUCCCUCUAGUUGAUCUAAUCACACAGCUAUUUCUUUACCUGCUAGACCAGAUUUAUUUCUUAAGAGUGUAUUUUGUAAGUUCCACUUAAGAUAAAUAUUUGUGUUCUUUUUUAGUUUUCCUAACACGGUUAAGUUAAGUGAAAGAUGCAUUUCCGUUGUUUUCAGUUCAGGUUUUGGACUGCAGAUUAUUUUAUGCCUGGUGAUUUUGGCCCUUUCUCUUGUAAAAGUGUUCUGUUUUCUCGUAUGCUCAUCUCUCAUGGCUGUCACAGGCUGCAUGAUGCUAUCUUUGAGUUUGUGUCACAACCCAAACACUAUGUAAAUCCUGUGCUACUACUGGGAUUUUGUAACAUUUCCUAUAGCCUUACUGUCGUGCUGGUUUGUGCAGACACUACGCCCCAAUGGUCUCUUGGUCACCUGUUAGAAAUACCACAGUUUACAUUUUUACAGAUUGAAGAAAAUGGUGAAGGUUAAUACAUAACUUUUCUUUCUAGGACGCGCUUUUCAAUUGCAGCAGAGUUAAGUUUUAAAACGUCCUCCUAAAUUAAUCUGUGUUUUAAGCAUUCUGGAAGGAAAAGCUGUUUAAAAAAAAAAAAGCCUUUCUCUAGAGCCGUGAAUAGUCCUCCAAGGAGCAGAAAGCUUCAUUCACAGAAGAAAGCUUUGAAAAGAUUGUCUUCUGUUAAACAGCUGUAGUUGUGGAGCGUUUGCAGAGAGAUAAACAGGUUUAUUCCAAAGUUCAGUCAAUCUGGUGCCCUGCCCUGCUCUCACACUUAAAGGUUUGUUAUUAAUUUCUAUUCUGCAUCCCUCUGUACAUUGUGUUUUACAUUUGUAUGCAAAGAAUGCUGUCUUUAACCGGCCACCAGGCUUGAUCAGUAAAGAUUUGCAAUUGCGGUUGGAAUUUCAUCCUAAAGAUUACUUGUUCCAGUUUGUAUUUGAUCAGCAAGCGAGCACCAAACGUGUCAAGUUAGAUGAGUUUCAGAAUGGCUUGUGGGUGAGAGCACUUAGAAAUAUGGCAGCCAAGAAACUUGUAGUUCUGUUGUGUUAACUUCAGCAAAGCAAAGGAGUGCAUGGGGAGGGAAAAGCAGAGCACGCCUUACCUGAAAGCCACUAAUGGCUCUGAACGUGCUCAGCUCCUGUGCCACCACACAGCUGCAUCUGCAGGUGAUGAACUACCAGGGCAGCAGCAGAAAAUGCACUUGAAUUUCUUUUUCUUUUUUUUUUGUUCUUUUUUUUUCCCCCUCCGCUGUUGAUGGUCACAAAGGUACAAUAGACACUGAGGCACCCAGGUUAAGGAGGGAGGGAAGCAAACUGUAACAUGCUGGAAGCUUUUGAGCUGUAGAAACUGGUGCUUUGCUUUAUGUAAUUUGUUUGUGAAGUGUUUAUUUUUAUAACAGAUCAUAUUGUUGAACACAUGGUUCUUGAAAACCACAAACUGAUCCAUGAGUUUAAGUAUUUGAGAAGUGGAAAUUCAUCUGUUGGGGGAGGCAGGAUAUGAAAAAUGCAAGCAGAUAGCUGUGUAAAGGGACACUGUCACAAGAUGGUUGCUGGCAUAUAGGAUGCAUUAAGUUUGGGGGGGUGGGUGGGGUCCCAUCUAUAUGUGGAAAUUCUAUAUUCUAUAUGUAUAUGAUCAAAUAGAGAAUUUUCCCUGAGCUUUGACUAUUUUCCUAUAGUUUGGGGAGGUUUAAAUACAAAUGAUGUGCGUGGAACUGGGCGACGAAGCUGUUGUGAUCAAAAUGCUGAGGAAUAGGAGAGCUCCGAAAGGUGGCAGUGUCCUUUGGAGUCCCCAGAUUGAGCAUAUCCUCAUCUUAGACUUCCCAUGUCAGUGGCAGACUGGCAUCCGAAUGUCUUUUCAUUGAACUCUUUGUAUGAAAAACAAAACAAAAACGUUUCUAAGUUCUCACUUACGUGCUGACUCUGCAUCAACCACUAUGGGAAACAACUGCCUGCCCCCUCCAGCUGCAGUGAGUCGAAUGGGUCCAUCGGUCUGAGCAUGCUCAGUGUGACUGCAAAACACCGUUGUGCAUAUGCUUUGUAUAUUGGGGCAAGGGUUUUUUAUAUAUAUAUUUUGGGAGGGGUAGCGGGUGGGAUGGAGAAAUACUCAACUGAAGCCAGAAUAAUGUGUGUAAAAGCCCCUGAAGUAUUUGGUGUGUGAGUGCGCGAGUGUGAGUGCGCGCAUGGGAGCGUCUGACAUCUUUUCUUCCCUUUGUGUUCUGAAGAUUUGUGAGUUUUACCUUCUUUUUUUUUGUUUUUUUUUUCCUGCAGAAGCAAUUGUUAACAAAAAAAAAAACAAAA